AUGGAUUACCAGAAUGUCCGGAAGUGGACUGAAGGCUCGAAUACUUCAAACGGCGUUUCAGAAAAGGCUCGACUCUCCCGAGAGCAGCAGACACUAGCAGAACACGAGGCUCGCCAUCCACAGCGACCAUUGUCUAUGCUCCAGAAGCACGUGCUCUUCUGGGAUCGGGAUUGCGAUGGGAUCAUAUGGCCACAUCAGAUCUACCAAGGCUUUCGAGAGCUCGGAUUCGGGCUCGUAUGGUCCAUUGGUUCCCUGCUAAUACCUUUCUUCUUCUCGUAUCCAACGCGACUUGGUCACAGUUGGUUCCCAGAUCCCUUCUUUCGCAUCUACUUCGACACAGGCAACAAGUCAAAGCACGGUUCAGACAGUGGGAUCUAUACCUUCGAUGGGGACUUCAACGAUGACAGAUUCAACGAGAUGUUCGCAUACUUUGAUGUUGAUGGUGUGGGCGGACUGAGUGCAGAAGAGACGUGGAGACUAUGGCAGAAGAACCGCUGCUCAUGGGAUCCUUUUGGUUGGUGUUUCUCGUGGAUGGAAUGGUCCACAACCUGGCUGCUUCUUCAAAAAGAUGGCCGAGUUUGGCGUGAUGACCUCCGAGCUUGUUAUGAUGGUUCGAUCUUCUGGCGAAUUUCUUACGAGCGCUCGGAAGGUGAAGGAUGGAAUCAGGGCUACGGGCCAAGUGAUUUUGUGAAAGGGAUGUGGAAAGGCAGAACAUGGAGGACAUGGGAGUUAGAUCAGUAA